CAUCAACGUUAUCUGUUCCGAACCGAUCAAUCGUAUCAGCCGAGCACUCCUAUCACCACUCAGUCAAAUACCCCUCGCACGCCUCCUAUCACUCUCAUUCCUCUCACACCAUGAUGCACCUCCUCCUGCUCCUUACCUCCCUCAUUGUCGUACGGGCAUCGCAGCCAGGAGCGACACAAAGCAGCGCUUGGCCUGCUCGUCCACUCGUUUGGGGCGAUGUGAACUUCCUGUUCACGACUGAUACGCAUGGAUGGCUGAUGGGACACACUAAAUCUGGUCCUCCCGAACCGAACUACAGUGCCGACUUUGGCGACUUCCUCUCCUUCACGACGCACAUGAAAUCCCUCGCUGCGGAGAAAGGCGUCGACCUCCUCUUGAUCGAUUCUGGGGACUUGCAUGAUGGCACUGGGCUGACGGACGGCGCUCCCCCCGGACAGCCGAAUGCGCACGAGUCUAACAAGUUUAUUAUGCGCUUGCCGUAUGAUGUGCUCACUCCUGGAAAUCAUGAGCUAUAUCAGUAUGCGAGCGCCCUGGACACGUACAAGAGCUUCGUACCCCACUGGUCUGGAAAAUAUAUCUCCUCCAACGUCCACCUCACUCUGCCUAACACGACCAAUUUGAUCCCUUUCGGUUCCCCUUAUCGCAAGUUCUUGACUACCCAAGGGCGACGCGUCACCGCAUUUGGUGUCUUGUUCCACUUCACUAUGAACGCUCGCGGUACGCAAGUCCAAAGCGUCGAAGAGCUGGUCGAACAGCCAUGGUUCGCGCAAGCGGUAGAAGAAGAGCCAGACAUGUUCGUGGUAGCCGGCCAUAUGCCCGUGCAUAUGGAAGAAGACCCGGAGGUGAACGUCAACGAUUGGCCGAUAGUGUACUAUGCUAUUCGGCAAAGACAUCCGGAGACGGCAAUAUUCAUUUUUGGGGGACAUUCGCAUAAGCGGAACUGUACGGUCAUGGAUGAGCACGCGAUUGCCAUCCAGGGAGGAAGGUAUAUGGAGACUGUUGGCUGGUUGAGCGCCAACCUGACUGAAGGUGGAGGGUACACGCGCCGCUACCUAGAUACGAACCGGAACACCUAUCAGUAUCACACCGGCACGGAUGAGGAGGACUUUGACACCCUUGAGGGAAUUGAACUUACGCAAUAUAUCACCCAGCUGGCGGAUGUGUGGAACUUGCAUGAAGUGUUUGGGUAUGCGCCACAGGACUGGUAUCUAGACAGGGUGGAAUUCCCGCACAAGAACUCGGUUCUCACGCUAUUCUUGAACGACGUCCUGCCCACUGUUUUGCGACUUGGUGCUCCUGAACGAUCCAACAUCCCCCUGUUGGCGAUCUUCAACCGCGGCAGCAUACGGUACGAUAUCUAUCAGGGACCGUUUACGAGAAACGAUCAGUACACGGUUAUGCCGUUCAAGAAUCAGUUCUUCUAUGUCACCGUACCCUGGGCAGUCGGCCGGCGCGUGGUGGAUGAAGCAAACAAGAAACGAGAAGACCAGGCACGGCUGCGUGAUGCAAUGAGGAUGGCAAUGCCUUCCCUCCCCCAGCCUUCGGAGGUGCCGUUCCCGCUUCCUGGGGCGCAGACGGUACUGGGAGGUCCGAAGGAGCCUAAGGAAGACGAACCCCUCACCCUGGGCUACGUGACGCAAGAUCUCUGCGAAGGCUACGCCGACGACACUCCCCACCUCUCAAUCGGCGGUCUCGACAGAGCAGACGAUUUCCACAGUUCCCCUCCUCUCCCCAUUUCAGACGAUACGCUUAUGGACGUCGUCUUCCCCAGUUUCGUUGCACAACCCAUAGUGGACGCGCUGAAUCGUCUCUUCCCAGGGCAGAACUACACCGUCGCGGGGCUGGAGAAGUACAUGAAGUGGGGGAGUGAGGAUGUGUUUGAGGUGUAUGCGAGGGAGAAGUGGAAUUAAGGCCGAGAAUUUCAUGGGGGUCUGGCGCAGUUGUAUAGUAAGGAUUCAUACCAUCAAAUAUGCGAU